AUGUUGCCAUCCAAAUUUGGGAGUGGGCGGCAGAAGCAGCCUGAACGCCGAACCAGUUUACGACUUGAUCCCAGCAUAGUGGCUUUGCGAUACGAGAAGACGGUACCAGCAGAACCUCCGAUUCUCAUUGUCUCACGAGACCCUACUCGGCUCUCACGUCGUCCUUCGUCUUCUUCGGCAUCAUCUCACAGCUCCCGCCACCGUCCUAUUGUGAUCGUACCUCCUGGUAUUGUCGCACCGCCUGCUGAGGAGCACCCGGCCCUCCGAGGCUCGUCAUCAUCGUCAUCAUCAUCACCACCAGCUCUCAGGACUUCUCCAGUAUCAGUGGAAGAGUGGAAGCGUGAUUCUGGGGUUGCUAGAAACAAGUCUACCUCAACAAUUCACGAAGAAGAGGACGAAGAUGGCCACUCGGGACCCGAAUGCAAGAACAAGAUUCCUGCAGUGGAAUCAAACGUAUCAUCACUGGUAUCAUCCGUCAUGCCGCAGCCCAGUAUGACAACACAGCGAGACGAAGAUCCAUUUGUGGACGAGAAUAGCAUCUUUGAGCCGCUAACAUCAAUACCCACCGAUCCCUUUUGUGUCGUGUACAACGCUCGAUGCACCACGCCGCCUCCUCCAUCUCAGGUGUCCCACUCCGAUACACCGUUACCAUCACCUGCACCUGCAACACCUACUCGACCAAGUAGGACGACUGCUUCCACUGUUCCUUUCUCUAUUCCUUACUCUGAGUACCUUGCAGGCAAAGUUCCCUCCUCCCCAACAUACCCUCCUCUAUCAAGUUCUCGCUCUCACAAAUCUCCCUGUUCCUCAAUCCCAUCGUCUCCUCGUACUUCUUGUUCUUCAUCUCCCCCCACAAUCUCCAAGGGCCUAUCAAGAUCGGGGUCCUCUCGGUUCGGUACAUUUUCGCAAAUGUUCAACACUCCAAUUCAACCCUUGUGGCGGGGCACCGCUAGCACCGCCAAUUCCAGCGCGUCUAGUACCCCAACUGUCAGUGCACAAUCCACUAUUACCACAGCCCUUGGCGCUACCGUCAACGCUCCAGCCACUGAUGCCGAUACGGCGAUUGAUUUGGCUGAGUCUGGGUCGCUUCCGUCGAAUAAGGAACAGGGCUCUUCCCGUUUUUGGAACAGGUCCCGUUCUGCCUCCACAACCUCGAAUAAUAGCACUAGCACUGUUGCAUUGGCGGGCACCACAUCCAUUUCAUCUAAUAACGAUCUCCCCUUUGUUCCCCUCGACGUGUCUAUCCCUUGCGAAAGCCUCCUCGACGAUGCCUUCAUGAACACCGUUUCUUUUUCCAAUCGCGGCAGCAUCAUGUUAGGAGCUCAAGACGCCGCCGCCAUUGACGGCGCUAUCAAACAGCACACCAUGUCAAUUGACUCGGCCUCUUCUACCAACGCUGACACGCUCGCGACCGCAAAUAAUGACGAGAGCGACUCGGGCCACGCCACCCCAACUCCCACUCCCUCAACUACUGCCCCUCGUUCCAUCACUCCUACUCCUACAACGCCAACGACCCAAAAGUCACAGACCCUUCCUCGACCCAGCGACGAGUCCAACGACAUGAAUAACUCUGUUAAGAGGGCAGGCGAUGGUUCUCCUCAGGGCCUGAUGUCAGCCCCUGACAUUCGUGUCUUGGUCGCCGACGUGGAGAAGGAAUCUCAAAAGGUGAGAUCGCUCUAUACUGUUGGCGAUGGUUCUCACGGUGAGCCUGGCAAGAGGCACUCGUACUGCGAGCGUCUUGAACCAACUCCCGAAGUCCCGUCCGAGGAGAAUGAACUUGACCCUGUUCCAAAUCACCUUUCUCCGGCCUGGCAAAUGCCCGCCUCUGGAAGUUCUUCUUCCCUGCGGUCUAGAGGCGGAGGACUCGAAGAUUGGGAUGACCUUGAGGGUGCCCACGUUGACCGAUAUGGCUUCAUCACACUACCGCCACCGCCUGGUUCAAGAAUGGGCACACCAACAGAGACGCGGUCAGCCUCGGGCUCCCCAAGAAAACGUAGCUUGUUACAGAAACGAGACCCUUAUAGCUUGACAUCCACUCUCAGUGGUAGUGGCCGACGGACUCCAACCAGAAAGGUUUCCGCACGGUCGCUCAACACACAAACAUCCGAAUUAUCAAUAUCAACAUCGCUUCGCUCAUCUCGAUCAGUAAUACGGCAAGCCAGCAACUUGCUGCCCCACAAUCGUGACAGGCGGUGGAUGGACGAAGCAGGCGACAUGCUCAAUGCAGCCCCGAGCCUUCAGGACAUCGUGGACGAGAUUCAAGCCGAGAAGUUAACAGAAGUUAUGAAGCGCAAGGAAUGGGAAAGGUCUGAAAAAUGGAGGAAAAUGGCUAAAGUUGUUCGCCGGGGUGGCGAGGGUGAGGGCAUGGAGUUUGAGUUCGACAUGAGAAAUCCGAAGCUGAUUGAAAGGACAUGGAAAGGAAUACCCGAUCGAUGGAGGGGAGCAGCAUGGUGGUCUUUUAUGGCCACCAGCGCGAGGGAACAUGAGGGAUCACCCUCCGAGGAGAGAAUUGUUGCCGAAUUUCAUCGGCUACAGCGACGAAGCUCCCCAGACGAUGUACAGAUUGACUUGGACGUGCCCAGGACCAUCAGCCGCCAUAUUAUGUUUCGACGACGUUAUCGAGGUGGCCAGCGACUACUGUUCAGGGUCCUUCACGCAAUAUCAAUCUACUAUCCUGAGACAGGUUAUGUUCAGGGCAUGGCUUCACUAGCGGCAACACUGCUCUGCUACUUCGACGAAGAGAAGUGCUUUGUCAUGCUGGUGCGAAUGUGGCAUCUACGCGGACUGGCUCGUCUAUAUCGUCCAGGUUUUGAGGAACUCAUGGCUGCCAUGGGUGACUUCAGUAAGCACUGGCUUAACAAGGAAGUGGCCAGUAAACUAGACGAGUUGUGUAUUGACACUACUGCUUAUGGUACGCGCUGGUACCUGACACUAUUUAACCUUUCCGUACCCUUUCCAGCCCAGCUGCGAAUCUGGGAUGUCUUCCUCCUAUUGGGUAAUGACACGUCUUCUAUGUCCGAAUCACGAAAGUCCGAGACCAACACACCUCAGACGGUGGAAUACGAUGUUUUGCACGCUACUAGUGCAGCAUUGGCUCAAGCCCUCCGAGAGGUACUCUUGGGUGCGGAAUUCGAGAACGCCAUGAAGGCAUUAACAUCACCUAUCCCUGUCAAAGAUGAGGACUUUUUGAUGAAAGUGGUCAAGGCGGAAUACAAACAACACCACGGCAAGAAGAAGACGUAG